AUGCUGAUACAAGAAUGGUCUAACUACUUUGAAAGGUUGAUUGGACCAGUUUAUCCUUUGUUGGUUAAGGAUUUCUGGAGGCAUGCUACGAUUACUCCAGCUGCUAUCAUCUCUUUCGUGCUAGGGCAUGAAUUUGUUGUGACUGAGAAGUUAAUAAGGAAGUUGUAUGGUAUUGAUGGUUUGGAUGGAAUCACUGGGGCUCUUCAUGGAAGAACUGAUUGGGAGAAAGUUGAUAGAGAAUUGUUUUCUUCUGGUAUUGCAUCUCCAUUCAACACUGCCUUGAAGCCUUCCUACAAAAUAUGGGCUGAGAUCAUUCUGGGAUCUCUCUAUCAUAGGAAACAAUCAAGCACUGCUACUUAUGUCACUCAGGAUCAAAAGUGUCAAACAACAGGGAAUAUCUCAAAAAGAAACCAGAUGUCGCAGAAGGGUAUACUUGAAGUGGAAUUGUUUGAUGUGUGGGGGAUCGAUUUCAUGGGACCUUUUCCACCAUCUUUUGGAAAGAACUACAUCCUUGUAGCUGUUGACUACGUCUCUAAGUGGGUUGAAGCAGUCGCUCUACCUACAAAUGAUGCGAGGGUGGUAGUAAACUUCCUCAAAACCAAUAUUUUCUCAAGAUUUGGGGUUCCCAGAGCACUCAUAAGCGAUGAAGGCACCCAUUUCUUAAAUAAGUUGAUGGAGAAUCUGUUGAAAAAGUACAAUGUGAAGCACAAGAUUGCAACUGCAUAUCAUCCUCAGACCAGUGGUCAGGUGGAGGUUUCGAACAGGCAAAUCAAGCAGAUUCUCGAAAAGACUGAUAGUGCUUCGAGAAAAGAUUGGUCUCUGAAACUUGAAGAUGCACUAUGGGCAUACAUAACAACAUUCAAAACCCCCAUUGGUAUGUCCCCGUAUCAACUGGUUUAUGGUAAGGCGUGCCAUCUCCCUCUUGAGCUUGAGCACAAAGCAUUUUGGGCUACCAAAUACUUGAACUAUGAUCUGGGAAAAGCAGGUGAGUUACGGAUUCUUCAACUCCAUGAGCUAGAAGAAUUUCGUGAUCAAGCCUAUGAGAAUGCUAAAGUCUAUAAAGGGCAGACCCGAAGAUGGCAUGAUCAGAGAAUAAAACAGAAAGUAUUUUGGGAAGGCCAGCUGUCAUACCCUAAUUUUUGA